AUGAAGUUGGACAGCAACAUGAACGUGAUGUCGCGGAGCAACACGUGGCCCGUGGUGGUGGUCCGGCUGGAACACGACGGCGGCGUGCACGUGAUCGACAACGGCCCGUCCGACGACGGGCCAUGCACCGCGGCCACGGACGACUUGACCGGCUUGUUCGCUGGUGUCGGCGGUGGCGGCGGUGGUGUGGACGCUAAUGGUGGUGGCGUGGCGGCAGCCGACACGUGUCCGCUGGCACCGCUGUCCGCUCGCAAGCGGGCCACGCUGCAGCGGCACUACUAUCCGGAAGGCGGCUGGGGAUGGGUGAUCGUGGCUACCGCGGUCGCUGUUCACGUGAUCAACCACGGGCUUCAACUCUCGGCGGCCGUCAUGCUGAGACCCGCGGCCGACAAGCACGGUCAGCCGGUGGUCAAUACAGGUCAGUGA